GGCGGGGCCUGGGGCGCCGUGCGCCGGAGCCUGUGGCGUCAAUGCGGCCGCCGUGUCCAUGGAGAGAGGCUGAGGUGGCCGAGCUCCGGCCCGAGGCACCGGGGCUCCGGGACGGCGAGGAUGUCGGCUUCUUUAGUCCGAGCCACUGUCCGGGCUGUGAGCAAGAGGAAACUGCAGCCCACCCGGGCCGCCCUCACCCUGACACCUUCAGCAGUAAACAAGAUAAAACAGCUUCUUAAAGAUAAGCCCGAACACGUAGGUCUGAAAGUUGGUGUCCGAACCAGGGGUUGUAAUGGCCUUUCUUAUACUCUAGAAUAUACAAAGACAAAAGGAGAUUCUGAUGAAGAAGUUGUUCAAGAUGGAGUCAGAGUGUUCAUCGAAAAGAAAGCACAGCUAACACUUUUAGGAACAGAAAUGGACUAUGUUGAAGAUAAAUUAUCCAGUGAGUUUGUUUUCAAUAACCCAAACAUCAAAGGAACGUGUGGCUGUGGAGAAAGCUUUAAUAUUUGACUACUCUGGCUGUAAGCUCCAGGAAAACUCAUGGAAGUCCUAGGGCUUACUGAAGAAAUCAUGUGACUGUCACGUGCUUAAAGUUUAUAAUGUAUGACUGCCUUAUGAGGAAAAUAAAAUGAUGCAUUUUGGAAAGUGAAGCCAGUGUGUUAGAUUCCAGAAGAAGCGAUAUUUGUAUUCUUUUUAGAGGACACAAAAUGAGAAACCGUUGCUCUCUUUGGGUCAUUUUCCUGAUUUGUAAAGAAAAAAAAAAGUCCUACCCUGCACUUAAUUGUCUUGCAUCCUUUCUAUUAGAACCAGUUUCAUGAAAGCUGCCUACCUGGGAGGAUUUCAGGAAACGUAUUUUUAAUACGUGUGCACGCCAUAGCUCACCGUUGAGAGUGGCGUGAACGUUCAUUUCCCGACCAGAUUGAUGGCAGAAGAUCCUGACUGCCGGCAUGACGUGGAAGUGCCCUGGUUUUCUACCCAAACUUGGCACAGCAUUUCUACGUUUGUGUCCAAAAUUUCUUUGUCAGAUGCCUCAUUUGCUUUACCCUUUAGCAGCACCAGCUGGUAGAUGAAAGUAUUGAACAAAGAUUACCUUGAACUGCAGUGCAGAACAGUUCUGAGCGAUGACAUCAAAAGGUAAGAAAUACUUCACCCACUAUUUUUAAUCCAUUUCUUUUGCUACCCAGAACAUCCCCUCAAAGGUGGAAUCUCAAGCUGGCUUAGAUCCUUUUGGUUGCAAGGUGUCUUUAAAGCCAUCCAGCCCACUCCCUCAAUGCUAUACGUGGGGAAGCAACCCCCAGGGAACCUACAGGAUGUCCGUCCACCCUCACACUGUGGGCUGUGUAGCAGCAGAACUGGAACUACACUCUCUCCCCUUCUGUGGAGGGGCCACUAGUUCUGCAGUCUGAGGCAGUCAGUGAAGAUCAGUGUGUGGUCUGGCUUCUUUAUCUGGUUGGCAUUUUGAUAAGAUUUCUUUAUAAUUUGAUGAAGAUCAUAUUUAGUUUAUUUUAUUUUCAGUGAGAAGAAUCUUAUUUUAAAACCCACUUAUGUGAGUUACCAUCUUGUUUCUUUAGAACUUUGAAACAGCGAUUUAUAUUAGCAGAGAAGACAUUUGUACCAACCCAAAAAUAUCCUUUUCGAAUAUAGUAGUCAUUUUGAAGCAGAACAUGAAGGUCUUUUCUUAAAAUUCCCAAUACGUGUACACUUUCUGGAUCUCAAGUUCAGUGACUGUAAUUCUUAACAUUUUCACCACUUACUUUUCUUUAACAGCAUUCUUUUUGUCAUUUAGUUAUUGAUUUUCCUGGGUUUGACAUACCAAGUGUUCUAUGCGAAGACACGCUUUUUUUAAAAGCUGAUUUUCAUGAAUUGAAGUAACUAUUUAUGUCCGUUGUAUUUACUGAAGUACCUGGCACAAAAUGCACCAACACUUAAGAGUAGUAGCUGUAUGUAAAUACUCAUGAGUCCAUAUUGUUAAUAUAUAAUUGUCAAUUCACUUAUAAUCUGUGCAAUACUGUACGUAUUUGGAGAUUGAGUUGUCAAUAAAAAAAAACAUGGCCUCCU